GUAAAUCUAUAAUUGCAAUAUAAUAUUGCAAUGGAAGAUAGCGGCAUUGAUAGUGAUCCGAAAACUAAUGUGCGCAUGGAAGAUGACAACUUUUUCACGGGAAGCGACAGCAGUUGCAGCAGCAACAAUCAAACCACAUGUCAGAGGUCUACUACAAAGCAAUUGCAGAAAAAACUUGAAGCCAGAAUCGAACAAGCGAAACGUAUUCAGCGUAAUUCAGAAUAUACAAAACUUCCAGACAACGAACCAGAUAAUUGUAGUUCUAAAUACAACUUGCUAAUCCCUAUACAAAGAUUACCAAUCCCACAAAAGAAAACUGAUUCUACACUUAUAGAAUUUUGGCAUAGCGAUGAAAGCGAGGAUGAGAUGACACUUUUCCCGAUGACGAGGGAGAAUGGUUUGAAGCACAAACAGGAUCUUACCGAUACUUUUAGUAUCGAGGAGUUAAGCGAAGGGAGCGAAGAUUCUUUACACUUAGGUCCAGCACCAGAGAUUCAUCCACAUAUUCGAACUUAUAUACCAUAUGGGUGUUUUCGUUGCCAGUGUCUUAUAAUUUAAAUAAUUUCUCUUUUAAA